CUCUCUCUCUGUAGUUAUCAUCAUCAUCCUCGCAUUUAUAUUUUUAACACUUUUUCCCACUCCUGCUGCUGUUGCGACUAUUGCGGGAGGCCAGGGUGGACGUGCUCCCGCCGGCCCCCGCGAGAUAUUGCAUCAGUGAACCCUGGCACCCCUGACGAGGCUCCCAAGGCCAAGGUGAGGGUGCCAGGCUGCUGUGAGGCGCCUAAUUUAACACCCAGGCCUUACGCACUUCACGCCGCCCUCUCUAACCUCGCCUUCACCACCCACAUUCACCUGAGUAACACGAGGUUCAGGUGUCAGGGGUUAAUUAGUCGGGUUACGGGUGAGGGAGGUGAGUUAGUGCCACAGUAGGUCUCUGGCAGCCCGCGGGGUGCCAUCAGGGAGGGCGGCUCCGCUCACGACAAUUGUUAUGUAUAUUCCUAGUGAGUGUCGACGGAAUAACCUGACGCGGAGGCCGGGCGAUGGGGUGGACAGGGUAGAUGAACGGAGAGGGGAGAAAAAAGGAGAGGCAGAGAGAGGAAUUAUUUUUUACACCCUCAUUGAUUCGUAUUUAUAAACUUGUCCUGGGAGGUGGUUUGUCCUGACGGGGUUACCUGUCAAAAGGGGAAGGGAUGGGGGGUAGGGGAAGGUUAAGCCGUCUUUUGUUAUUGGGGUAAGGACAAGGGGCCAUAUUUUUAAACAUUUCUGCGCCCAAGAACACGUUAAUUACUAGUCUUUCGUGGGAGUGUAGGGCAUUUCCAAGGGUACGUUUAUGACCCUGGUGGUAGUCUGAGCCUUCUUCUGUACCGUGAACCUAAAAGAACACUCAUUAGAACUCGAUUAACCUCCUUUUUGGACUUUGGAAAUAGUUGAUGUGAGGGGUGGGGUCAUCUGACAAUACCAAGCAAGGACUCCCACCGGACCCUCGAGGAACCCACGCGGGAGGGCAAUGACAGGCAUGCAACACAAGUCUCUGAUCGAUAGUGUUGCUGGAUCCGUGGGCGCUGCGGGGUGAAUGAACUCUCGCACUCCCGCAACACAAAAACCCUGAAAAACCACCUUGCAAAAACAUCCUUAAUCUAUUACACCGCCGCGUCGCUCAUGGCCCAGUCACGUCUCAACAUUAUUAGACGCCGAGGCAUUCACGGCUAUCACUGUCCUUACUUCCUAGCGCCCGCCGAGCCGUACUAAGCGGCGUCUGGCACCUCUCAGCCCUGCCAGCGGAGCGAUGUUCACAGUUUCAGUAAUUAGCGAUCACACACACACAGCAGCACACGAACACACACCCUCGCCUGCCACCACCUCGCCUGGCCACUCUCAUGCAUGCUGCUGCCCCACGCGCCGCCCCAAGACCCACAAGACCCUGAGAUAAACAUUGACACGCUGACUUAGUGCCUCGUAUGUGUGUGGAGUGACAGAAGUGGACACGCCAGGUUCCCCAGCAGGCGUGUGUGGAGCGAGGUGAAACUGAGGUGCGAGUUUUGAGCGCUAAGAUGUGUGUUGCUUCUUCGUGAGUUGAGGAGGAGGAGGUGAAGUGCUUUAUUGAGUGUGCAAACAAGUGAACGUAGAUCGAAGACUGUGUUUGUGCUUGACUUAAACACGGAAAUCAGGACAACGCUCAUUACAGGUGAAGCGAGUUACCUGCACCUUUUUAAUUAGUUCGUUGUUCUAUUUCCUGUAAACUUUUGACUGUGAACUGUGAAAACGAGGGAACUUAAACCGUGAAGACUGUGAACACGAAAACCAAGACAACUUUCAUUUCACAGGUAUACAAGUUGAUUACCUGUACCUUACCUGAACCUUGUAAUGAGCUUGGUGUUCUCCUCUCUUUGAACUGUAUAAACGAGGGAACAUAAACCGAGGAAGAGUAAACUGAGUAAACUUCGUGUGUGCUUGACAGUAAACACGAAAUCCAAGACAGCUCUGAUAACGCAGGUAAUACAAGAGAAUUACGUGUCGCUUACCUGUACUUUAUAAUUAAUUCCGUGUCUUGUGCCCUGUGAACUGAGAAUACAAAGUGGUGGGCGUUGGACCGUAUCUUGGAGUGUAUUAUGCAAGGAGUACGGAGACGACAACAAACACACACACGCACAUACAGGUGGAAACAAACAAACCUACCUGUGGAUUUUGAUUAGCUUCCCGUGUACCUGUGAAUCAAAGAGAGGAAGUGUGUGUGUAUGUGUGUGUGAACUUACAUAACAAAGAAAACACCCACAACCGCACCACCUGUCAAUCAGCGAACAGGUAGAUAUAGAGACAGACAGACAGACUACUCUCCACGUGACUCGAAAAACCUUGAGCUGAUUAAAGGACGUCGAGAAUCAUUUUAUCGUGAAAUACCAAAGAAAGAAAAAGAGAGAAGGAAGACGAGGAGCGUUACCACAACUUGAUCUCGUAUUGCCCAACAAGGAAAGGCGAGGGAAGGUCACGCCACGAGGAAGAGGAGGGAGCGAGAGAGAGAGGGAAGGAGAGGGAGAGAGAGAAGGAGAGUAGCAAGACGCAGUGAAAGUGAAGAUGCUUGUUGCCUCGGCGUUUUUUAUCACUCCGAGGUUUUGAUGCGUCCACUCGCUUCUGAGACCCCGAGGAGACAGCUGACCGCCUCUCCGGCCCUCGCUAUGUGUUGCUGCCCCCGCUAACCCGACUACAGAUGCCAGCCAAAAUGGGGGAGGAGUGGGAUAUCGACUCUAUCAAGGAGGAGGACUGGGAGGAGAAGGCCGUCUACCUCGUGCCCGACACACCGACGGAGGAGACGUGUCCCAAUCAUGCUACGCUGUCCCUCCCGCGUAACCUCGUCCUCAAGGCCUCCGGAACCAUAUCGGAUGUUAUGGGUAUCUGGAGCACAGACUACAUCCCCAGAGGCACACGGUUCGGUCCUCUGGUGGGCAAGUGUUACGCCAAGGAUGAGGUGCCCAAGACAGCCAACAGGAAAUACUUCUGGCGGGUGGAUCUGGGCCUGGGCAAGCGAUUGGAGGUAUACCGCGGGGAUGAGCUCUACUACUACAUCGACGGGUACGACACCACCAGGGCCAACUGGAUGCGCUACGUCAACCCCGCCUACAGCUCGGACUCACAGAACCUCAUCGCCUGCCAGUACAAGACGAACAUCUACUUCUACACCAUCAAGCCGAUCCUGCCCAACCAAGAGCUGCUGGUGUGGUACUGCAAGGAGUUCGCCACCAGACUGAACUACCCUCUGACUGGUGAACAAAUGCUCCUCAAGAUCCGCCAGCAGGUGAGCGAGGUGGAGGUGAAGGAUGAGCCGGCGGAAGCGGAGCCUAAGGCCGCUGCCACACCGUCCCCGACGAGGUCCGCGGCCGCCGGGUCGCCCACGCAGUUCGAGGCGCGCCACGGUCAGCUGACACCCACGGAGGGGUCGGUGAGGUCGGACGAAGGCUACGACAGCAACGGCUACCACCAGGACUUCAACCUGCCCGAAGACUCCUCAGACUCCGAGGGGGACAACAACUAUGUCCUCGACUUCAGCAAAAAGAAGCGGAAGGAAUCACCGACCCAAGAGGAGGAGGAGGAGGCGGAGCUCCGCAACGAGUACCGCAAAGUGAAGAUCAAGAUGUCGCGCGCGUACCACUACCGCUCCAAGUCCACGGGCUCAGACUCGUCCGAGAAAGAGAAAUCUGUGUCGCCGCCGCUUGAGCGUCAGCAGCCUCCCGCUGAGCCCCAGACAGCGGCGCCCGUGCCGGAGCCCGCGCCACAGCCCCUGCCACACCCCGUCCACACAGCGGCACCCAAGGCCGCUCCGGCCGUCGCCCACCCGUCCAAACGGGAGGUCGAGGACCCGCCGCCGCCUCCGCCGCCCCGCCGCACGCCGCCGUACGCGCCGCCGCAGCACUACACGGCACAGUUCAGCGAGCAGACGCAGCGGAUCGACUCCGUCAUGGAGAAGGAGCAGCGGCCCGAGAGCACGCAGGAGGUGGCCAGCGCCAGCCACGUCGUGCGACGAUACCAGAUUCCAGAGCUCACGCCCCUGCGCCGCUCCCCCGAGGCGCCCCGCCCCGCAGAGAGCAUGCGACCCGAGCCCCGCCCCGCGCCGGUGUUCCCAGACUCCCGCAUGCCCGUCAUGCCGGACACGGCCCUGCCGGGCAUCACCAUCACCAAGCACCACGUGGCGCCGGACACGCGGCAGCCCCACGUGCCUGACACACGCAUGGGUCUGCCAGCCCACAACCGUGUGCCGCUGCCUCACUCACACGAGGGGCGCCUCGCCCCCAGUCGCCUGCAGCUGCCGCCCAUGACCCGCCUGCCGGGGCUGCCCUCCUCGGUGGCCCCCAUGACACCUCGCCUGCCCGUCAUGCCACCACAGGAUCCCAGGGUGACGGUGGCCCCCGACCCCCGCCUGCCCGUCCCGCCCGACACCCGGCACGCGGUGCAGCCCGACACGCGGCACCCGGGGCCCCCGGAGGUCAGGCACACAGUUGCGGCCGACACGCGCCUGUCGGUGCCGCCCGACACCCAGCUGGUUUCCCCGCGGCCCUCCGGCUCCAUCCUGGAGAACAUCCUGCUGCGGCGGCUGGGCGGCAAGGACGAGGCGGACACCACGCACCUGGCCCCCGCCGUCGCGCCACGGGACCUGAAGGAGCCCGUCCACAUCGCGCUGCCCAGCGACGCCCACUACAAGCCGGACAGCGCCACCAGCACCUCGGGGCCCACGCAAGACUACAACACCUACAAGCGGAAUUACUGUAACUCCGACUCGAGCCAGCAGAUCUCACCCGACUCCUCGUCCACCCAGAAGCCCGGCUCGGCGUGCUACACCUCGCCCCACCCGCCGCCUCAGGUCACCUACGCCACGCAGCCGCCCGCCUCCACCGCCUCCUACCGGGCGCCCGUCUCCCAAAUGUUCUCGUCGCCGCACUUCAACAUGUACUCCUACAACGGCUACAACGGCAGCAGCAACUCCUUCCCUCCCACGUCCCAGGGCUCCGUGCCCAUGGACCACCGCCUCACCAUCUCCAUCCCCAACAACCAGUCAGGGCAUUCCCCUCCCUCCAGCAACUCCUCCCACUCCUCCCAGGGCUCCCCCUCCUCGCAGGGCUCCAGCUCCCCCACCAACAGCAGUCGGGGCUACCGGUCUUUGCCUUACCCGCUGCAGAAGAAGGACGGCAAGAUGCAUUACGAGUGCAACGUUUGCUUCAAGACCUUCGGGCAGCUGUCCAACCUGAAGGUGCACCUCAGAACACACUCGGGCGAGCGGCCCUUCAAGUGCAACGUGUGCAUCAAGAGCUUCACGCAGCUGGCGCACCUGCAGAAGCACCACCUGGUCCACACGGGGGAGAAACCGCACCAGUGCGACAUCUGCAAGAAAAGAUUCAGCUCCACCUCCAACCUCAAGACGCACAUGCGGCUGCACUCCGGCCAGAAGCCCUACGCCUGCGACCUCUGCCCCGCAAAGUUCACCCAGUUCGUCCACCUGAAGCUGCACAAGCGGCUGCACACCAACGAGCGGCCCUACACCUGCAACACCUGUAACAAGAAGUACAUCAGCGCCUCGGGCCUCAGGACCCACUGGAAGACCACCUCCUGCAAGCCUUCCAGCCCUGAGGAGGAGCUGGCCGUAGAGCGCUCGCCCACCGGCUCCUCGGGCGGCUACGAGUACUGCCCCUCCAUAGUCUCAGCCGGGAGCAGUUUGGAGACGGCCGACACCAACAGCAUGGACGGUAUGCCCACCUCACCUCACAGACACGACCUUCACGACGCCGGCGACUACGACCCCAAGAGCCCGACCUACAUGAUUCCCGAGGAGCUGAUCAAACAGUCGCAGGAAGAAUUCAAGAAUUACAACCAGGACAUUAAGUGCGAGACGGACACCAGACCCUCCGUGAUUGAAUCCUCCGCCCACCACGCCAUCGAGUGCACGUAGGACUCCCAAAGAAAA